AUGACUGAAAAACCUUGGAACGAAGGCCAAACAGACACCCGCAGAGCCAGACUAUGGCAACGACAGGAAGAGAUAGAAGAAACGUUGCAGAAAAAUCUCAACCACACUUUAGUCACAGCUGUUCAUCUUCUCGUUAAUCAGCCAUCAGCCGAACAAAGAUUGAGCGAACAAAAUUUUCACAACAAACACAAAAUAUUUGUACAUCGCAUCAACGCCUUGCCGAAAUACAGAGAUUUUUUCGAUUACGUAAACGACAGGCUCCAAAAUCAGCUUGUGGUUAUGAUGAAUAUGGAUAUUUAUAUUGGCGAAGGAUUUGAAAUGGUAAAUAAAACUUUUCUGGUAAAAAGUAAUAAAGCUUACGUUUUAACACGCCAUGGACGUCUGGAAAAAAAAUGCAACAUGGGCGGAAAACGCGGAUAUUGUGGAGCAAACUAUAUUCGUUCACACGAUGCCUAUAUUUUUGUGCUUACACAACCUUUAGACGAGUCUGUUCUGGCGGAGUUGGAUUAUGAUAUGAAUGUCCUUGGGGCGGAAAACAGACUGAUUUGGGUAUUAAGAAACCGGGUGAAAAAGAGACUUCUCAAUCCGUGUGAACACUUAAAGACAUACCACAACCACUGUGUUGAUAUACAUGGUAGUGUAAGACCACGAAUAGAUAAGGGUGGGUAUAAAGGUGGUGGGGUGGAACCUAGUGGGUUAUAG